AUGACCUUUCGCACCACAGCAGAAGAAAUUGAGAGACUCCAGCUAUCGGAUGACGAUACGGAGGACCUCUGGAACUCUCCGUCGAAGCAAAAUAUUAAAAAUAAAGCUUCUGUCCAGAAAGCUACGCCUGAACCUCAAGCUUCCCACGACGAUGGUGAUCCGCUUUAUGAUAGUCAUGAGGCACGAGAAGCGGCCCUUCGAACCGAGUUACAUGGCGUGCGAAAUAUCAACCAGGUCAUUGAAGGACUUCUAAGCAGUCUGGACUCUGCUAAAGGAAAUAUGGAGACGGUCUCCCAGACCGUUACCUCAGCCUCAACUCUCCUAAAUACAUGGACUCGCAUCCUCUCCCAAACCGAGCAUAAUCAACGACUAAUCCUCAAUCCGAACUGGCAAGGCGCUACUCAGGAUGUGGCCGAUAUCGAAAACGAGGCGAUUCAAAGGCAACAGGCGGCAGAACGACGCGAGCUUGCACUCCAGCAACAGAGAGAGGCUGCAGCGCGGAAGGCCGAGGAGAUUGAAGCUCGACGAGCGCAAGCCACACGAGGCACCCGAGGCACUCGAGGAAUCCGAGGGACCACCAGGGGCACAGUUCGAACCACUGGUCUGGGAAGGACUCCCAGUGUGAGUACUUCGCGGACAGCAACACGGGGAUCGACAACAACUCAGCGCCCAGCCAGUGGAAUCGCCCGUGGGAGUGGAAUCGCCCGUGGCCGUGGAAAGGCCUAA